CUGUAUGGGGCAAGCUAGCGAAUAAGCGCCAUUUUGUGCCGGAGCAGAGCAGCAGGCCAGACUGUGCACCGUUUAAAACAAAGAGUUUCAUCAAACGCACCACAUUCGUUACACACCAAGAAACUUUACAGGUCUAUAAAGCUGCCCAUUGACUGGUGAGAACAGUCGUGUUAUCUCCAAGAGGCCGGUUUAUAUCUCUCCAAAGCUGACGCUGUGUCACGUUUAAGUAGCCUGUUAGCUCCUGCAGGCUAACGUUGGCCUCAUUGCUAACCAGUCAGUCAAAUCGUCUAAUCGUCAAGCUCCUGUUCUCCCGCUGUUACCCGGUUUACUGUCAAAACGGUGUAAUCCGGAUCUGAUGAUGUGCUCUGCUAAGAUUAAAUGAACAGUUGGCUGGCAUGUACUAUCCCUGUAGCCUAGCCCGCCUCAGUUCAGUUUAAUGAACUAUAAUCAAGAGUAUAAACGGGACUCUGCGACCCUUAACGGUUCAGGUUCAGAACCGGGGUGCGGACGUUCACAGAUAAAACCCAAUGUGUUCAAGUAAAUAACGUCGACAUGCUCGGCGCUAAGAGCUAGCCUAUCUGCUGCCUGUCCCUUCGACUCACUUAAAUGCAUCAUGAAGCGUGCACACGCUCCGGUGCGCGUGUCCGCGACAUCAGAGGAACAGGAACUGUUGGGGCAAGACUGGGCACAGAGACACGAGAGGAGGGGGGUGGACGGACUGCCAGGAGACUAUGAGCAGCUGAUCCCAAUCCGAGCACAGGUGCCUGCAGGUGAACUCAGACCAACUUUAGAGCAGAGUCACAGCUGGUCCUCUUCAGGUUCAUAACUGAACGGAGACCUGAGACACAUGCUGUUAUGACCCAUUGUGACUUCAGGCCUUCACGUGCCGGAGACACGACCAACAAACAGCACACAACACGUGAGCUGGUCAUCAGCAGCAGUGGGGGUUUAUGGCCAGGUGCUCCAGUAUAUGACAGAGACGGUGAAGUACGUGGACGACGAACAUAAGAGCAUCUUCCUGAAGCUGCUGAACGAGCAGCGGCUGGAGGGCGAACACUGCGACAUCGCCGUGGUGGUCGAAGACGUCAAGUUCCGUGCUCACCGCUGUGUGCUCGCCGCCUGCUCCAACUACUUCAAAAAACUCUUCAAAAAACACGAGGUGGACAACUCCUCAGUUAUUGAGAUUGACUUCAUCCGCUCAGAUAUCUUCGAGGAGGUGUUGAACUACAUGUACACAGCGAAGAUCUCCGUCAAGAAGAGAGAUGUCAACCUCAUGAUGUCCUCGGGACAGAUCCUCGGCAUCCGCUUCCUCGACAAACUCUGUUCUCAGAAACGAGACAUGUCAUCAGAGGACAAAGAGAAGUUUCCCUAUGACAUUGUGAAGAUGGCGCUGCCACCGGAGGCUCAGCUGGCCGCUGAUGCUGAGGUACUUGGGGAGAACGAUGACACGCCCACUACUGAUGACCUUGUUGAGACAUCAACCAAUCAGGAGCUAGAUAAGUCCCCCAGUGCGGCACUACGUGUCCAGGAAGCCAUCCUGAAAGAACUGACCAAUGAGGAUGUACAUAAGGUGACCUGCUAUGACCAGGAUGUGGUGACUGAGAUGGAGGCGGAGCCUAAGGAGUUGGGGGCGGAGCACCACGCUACCCAGACGCUGACGUUCGCAGACAGUAUGGGGGAGGUAAAGGAUGAGCAGCCACCUGGCUGGUCGACAGCCACGACCAAUCAGCAGUUUGAAUACCUGCUGUAUGGACACAGAGAGCAACUCGCCUGCCAGGUGUGUGGGAAGACCUUCCUGGAUGAGAGCAGACUCAGGAAACAUGAGAAGCUUCAUUCAGCAGAGCGUCCAUUUGCCUGUGAGAUUUGCACUAAAGCUUUCACCACCCAUGCUCACCUGAAAGAACACCUGAAGAUCCACACAGGCUUCAAACCAUACAGGUGUGAUGUUUGUGGGAAAUCAUUCAUUCGAGCUCCAGACCUGAAAAAACACGAACGAGUGCAUAGCAACGAGAGGCCUUUCGCCUGCCAGAUGUGUGACAAGGCGUUUAAACACAAGUCUCACCUGAAGGAUCAUGAGAGGAGACACAGAGGAGAGAAACCGUUUGUCUGCCCAUCUUGCACUAAAGCCUUUGCCAAGGCAUCCGAUCUGAAGCGUCAUGAGAACAACAUGCACAGUGAGAGGAAACAGCUGAAUCCACUGCAGAGCGACACAGAGACGCUACAGGCUGCUGCCAUGGCAGCCGAGGAGCAACAUCUGGACAGCAUCAGCUGCUCCUAACACCUGGAACAGUAUCAGCUGAUCCUGAUUGGCCUAACUGUAUUAACAAACAUAUUUUCACUGUAUCUCUAUUGAUUUUUUAUUUUUAGCAGACUUAAUGAAGUUCUGUGUUGAUUGAAGUUUUCUGUGCUCUGAAUCAGUGGACAGUGAGCUGAUGGUUUCGGCGAUCAUGUGAUAAACACAUUAAACAUGGACGUGUGUCUGUGUGACGUCCCCCCUGUCCUUUAGCUUUACAUGCGAUUUGUAAUCAUGUCUCUUUGAAAUGUUUUUCAGUCUGAACCAAACUCCAUCUGGUUUGUCUUGUAAAUAAAACUGUUGUUCUGCUCAGUUUAAUGAGCAGAGCUGCUGUCUUCUA